UACUUCACUUUCCCAUAUUUUCCCUCCCUCAUUUUUCUACUCACUCACUCCCAUUUCUACUUCUAACGCUCUCCUCCCGUCGGCGCGUCGUCGGCGAAAUUCCCCCGGCGAACACUCUUCUUCGGGCAUUUCACCCCGAUCGUCGAAAAACUUGAAGGUGCUGAAGUAUGAGUUCAGGAAAAAGGGUUGAUGAUUUGAGUCAGGGUGUUACUAAUAUCAGCCUAGGCUCUUCAGAUGAUGGUGCUUGGGAAGAGGUCAGCAGAAAGCCGAAGAGCAAGGUUGGAGGUAAUGCUGGAAAAACAUGGGGACAAUGGGCUCAACCAAAUGCCCAACCCAAAGCUUGGGGUCAACCGAAUACAGCUCAGAAACUUGGCAUGCGUAGUAAUGCUCCUGGAAAUGCCCGGACUAACCCAAGUAAUGAUCAGAGGAGACAGGGUGGAUUAGGGACUCGGUCUGAUGGCAAGCAUGUGACUGGACCAUCAGUCACACCUCCUCUACAGCAUGGGUGGAAUUGGGCUGCCAAAACUGGAUCAUGUCAAGCGAGAGAGGAGAAAGUUGCUGAUGAAGAAGAUGACAAGGCUAUCAUUGAUUCUGAAGAUGACGAUUACACUGAUGAUGAUGAUUACCUGCUAAGUGAUGGUUCUGACUCUGAUGAAGGACCAGAAACCCAUGAAUCAAAAAAGAAACAUAAGAUGCUGAAGAAGUUUUUCGAUAUUGUGGACUCUCUGACAGUGGAGGAGAUCAAUGAACCUGAAAGGCAGUGGCAUUGCCCUGCUUGCCAUGGCGGUCCUGGCGCCAUUGAUUGGUACAAGGGUCUCCAGCCACUUAUGGCUCAUGCGAGAACGAAAGGUUCUCAAAGAGUGAAGCUUCAUCGAACAUUUGCUGAUCUCUUGGAUGAGGAACUUCGGAGAAAAGGAACCUCUGUGGUCCCUUCCGGAGAAUCAUUUGGCCAAUGGGAGGGUUUGAAGCAAGAGGUCAAAGAUCAUGACAUUGUCUGGCCUCCUAUGGUUAUGGUCAUGAAUACAUGGCUGGAUACUGAUGACAAUGAAAAGUGGAUUGGUAUGGGCAACCAGGAGCUUCUGGACUACUUCAAGGGAUAUGCUGCAGUCAAGGCUAAACACUCCUAUGGACCUAAGGGCCAUCGUGGAUUCAGUGUCCUGAUAUUCGAGAGCUCAGCUGUGGGGUAUGUGGAGGCUGAGCGGCUUCACAGGCACUUCGUUGGACAGGGAACGGGGAGGACAGCAUGGGAAAGCAAUAGAAGGGCACUGUUUUAUCCCGGAGGAAAGCGCCAACUUUAUGGAUUCUUGGCUAAGAAGGAUGACCUAGAUGAAUAUAAUAAGCAUUCUCCAGGAAAAGCAAGGCUGAAAUUUGACAUUAGGUCAUACCAGGAGAUGGUAGUUGGUCCUAUGAAGCAGAUGAGUGAGGAUAAUCAACAACUCACUUGGUUCAAGAACAAAGCUGCCAAAGAUCAAAGGGAAAAGAAGGCACUUGAGGUUUCAAACAACAUUCUCUCUAAGCAGCUCAGGCAAACAAUGGAGCAAAAUCGGAUAGUGAGACAGAGAACGAAAGAACAGUAUGAGGAGAACAAGGAAGAGAUGGAUUUUCAAGCGAAUUUCUUCAACGAUCAGAUCCAGAAAAUCCAUGAUGCAACAGAGGCAAAGGAGGCCAAUUUUGAAAAGCUUCAGCAGGCGCAGCGGAAGAAGAUGGAGGAAUUGAAGGCACAAGCUUCAAGCACAGAGGAUGCUAGGCGCAGGGCUGAGGAGGCGGUGAAGUUUAAGGAGAUGCAGGACCAAGAAGUUGAAAAGUAUGUGGCUGAGAGAGAGAACCUGGUAAAGAUCCACAAUGACAAAAUGCUUGAGAUGAGGGCUAGGCACAGGGAGGAGGAGGUGGAGAUGGAGAAAUCAUUCGAUGCCGCCUUGACCAAGCUAAUGGACAAGUAUGCUCCUCAGUCCUCACCAAACUGAAGGUUCUGCUUCUGCUGCUGCUAGUAAUGCUUAAAUCUGGUGCAAUGAGUAGAUUACCUAAAAAUGUCACAAAUACAUUUCAGUUAAAGAAUCAAUUAACCAGGUAGUCGACUCAUGGUUGAGGACUUGAGGUCCAUGUUUUGUGUAUGGAAUGAUGAACUAACCUAAUGGUAGAUGAUGUAGUGAUGAUGUAAAUAGCCUGGAAUGGCCAAAGUAAUUUCGAAACCCAUGUUGAUGCACAGGUGUUGUGACCAACUUUGGUGCUAGGUGAUACGAGGGGAAACGUUUACUUCAACAUGUAGUAAUCUUUCUUCUGUUCCCUUGGUCACUGACACUAGCAGUAUUUCUAUUUUCUAAAUGGUAAAAAGAAUGCUUGGGUUUUUACUGCCAAGUUCCAUUCUUCUA